GUCUGUAUUGAAGUGGGUGUGGGGCAAGAUUUUGGAGAAAGCCACUCUGUCCUUUUCUCUUAGGCAAGCCCCUUCCAGGACAGGUCAGAGAUGGUCUCUUAUUAGCACAGUCCAUUUAAGACAUUUUGUUGCUUCUCCCAGAAUAUUUGCAUUUAAACCUUUCACACAUGAUUUGUAUUCUAUACCCCUCACCUCUCUCCAGGAGAAGAAAGCUGGUGAUUGUCUUACAGGCUAACAUGGGGUUAAAUUUUCUACUGGACAGAAAUGAUGUGUAUCUCUACCCGAGGAACACCAUAAGUUAACAUAUCUUGACCUUUAGUCUAUAAUGAGUAUGGAAUCUGAUAGAUUUAUGUAAUGAAGGAUGCUUAGGUGGGCCUGUUAAACAGGGCUUCAAUAUGGCAUUGAAAGGCCAAGCUGCCUCUUUUUGCCUCCUUUUCAAAUUUUGGAUAACUUUUUAUGAUGCUGAGUCUGCUGAGACAUAAUGACGCCUCCUUCCACUUUGCCCAAUCUCAGGAAUGAUAUUGAACCCAGUUUCACUCAGCUGCCCAACCCCUUGGCAUUCACAGCUGUUCAGGACAGGCUGCUGGAGGCUGUGGCGGGACCGAGAAGCAUGUGCUUGACCAGAAGUGGGCCGCCUUCGCUUGGAACCCCAAAACAUGCUGUUGUGUUUUCCUUUAGCCGUUAGGAAAUGUCUUUUUUAUAUUUUUAUUUUUAUUUUUUAUGAGAGAUUUUGUACCACUUUAACAUUAUAUUUUACAUCCUGUUUUCCAAGAACCAAACCUGAGUUGACUUUUCUAUUCGUUUCUAGAAGUUGCUUAAAGUGACUUGAUACAAGUCACCCUGACUAGGAAUCUGUUUGUCAGUAGGAUGACAGAGUUUACAUUUGGGAUAGAAAAGACCUUUUAGAGCAGGGGAAAGUUUUAUGGGUAAACUUUGAAGUCCUAAGGAUGUUUGUGGGGUUUGAUCCCAGGAGUCAUAUAAAUAGUUCCUAGAAAAGUAUCUGUACAUUUUCUUAAUUCGCAUCUUGUUCUUUCAGGGGAUAAGAUCAGACUACACACUCUAUAAUCUACCCAGACUGGGUUUCUUUUUUUGAAAAUCUUCCUAGUUGGACAGCUUUGGUGGGCCUUAUUUUUCACAGCAGUCUAUCUCUGAAAGGGGCGUGAGUUUAGGCAGAGCGUUCCUGUGGCUGGCAGGUGGUUGGGCUGGUUAUACCCAAAGGGAACAGUGUGCCUGAACCAUCUUCAUUCCUUCCAGCCUUACGCUGCCAGAAACGUGACCCCAGAGAGCUCCAGGAAUGGGGUGGGAGAGAGGGCUGGAGCCUCUUUGUUUCUGAGAGUCUACUUUGACUCUGUUCGUUCUUACCAGUAGUCAGAGAGAAAGGGAAGCGAGGAGACGUGGAGCCUUCUUGGAGAUUCUCUAUCCUGGGUGGACCUUAGAGGUGGCUCUGGGCUUAGGAGGGUGAGGAGGUGCCAUCCCUACCUAGAGGGAGCCAUUCAGUAAGUACCAGUUUGGGAUACAAAUUGAAGUCAUGUUCCUUUUAAUAUUCAAGUCCAUUGUUUCUGAGCCCCCACCCCUUGUCUUUCUUCCUUUCGUCCAUCCUGCCUGUCACUGGUUCUGUCUCUCAGAGUGUGCUCACUCAGUCCUGGGGUUAGCAUUGGUUGCCAUCGCCUCCAGGAGGAAGGCCAGAAAGCCUGCUCCAUCAGCUGAGGGACUCCCUUCCACUUGUGCUGAAAUUUUCAGUGCUUUAACACAGGUUGGCCACUCCUCGAAGAUGUCUGCUCCAGUGGCCUGGGCCAGCCACAGGCAGUGCUGGUCUGGGACUUGCUUCUCCAGGUGGAGGGCAGAGAAGGAGUCUCUCUUUUCCCUUAUGCCCAGCUCUGUACAGCUUAGGCCUGGCCUGCUGGGGCCACAGCACUUACUUAGCCCAGAUAUAAGGGCUUGCAGAGCCGCAGUUCCUGGGAGAGAAAGGUGUUCUCAGCCAUACGCUGUGCCCUGACCUAAUCUCUGCUGCCCAGGAGAAACGGUGGCAGCUCCAUGUUGGAUUCCUUGUUCUUAUUCUGGGAUGAGGACAUUUGUUUCAGGGGAAAACUCCACCUUGUGAUCCACGUACGGCACUUAGCACAGAGCCGGGGUGCAGCGAGCCCUCACUAAAUGAUGGCUGCUGCCUCUGUUGGUCUGAGAUCAGGUGGAGGAUGCCUGGAGGUGCAGAACGAAGCCUUCGAAUGGGAGGGCAAGCCAUGAUAUGGCCAGUUUUCGGGAGGUUUUUGCAAAGGCAAAGCACAUAGUCGUCAUUUCAGGGGCUGGCAUUAGUGCUGAAAGUGGACUUCCAACUUUCAGAGGAGCUGGCGGUUAUUGGAGGAAGUGGAAAGCUCAGGACCUGGCCACUCCUCAGGCCUUUGCCUACAACCCAUCCCGGGUGUGGGAGUUCUACCACUACCGGCGGGAAAUGAUGCAGAGUGCGGCGCCCAACCCCGGGCACCUUGCCAUUGCCGAGUGUGAGGCCCGGCUGCACAAGCAGGGCCGCAGGGUCAUGGUCAUCACCCAAAACAUUGAUGAGCUGCACCGCAAGGCUGGCACCAAGAACCUUCUGGAAAUCCAUGGUAGCAUAUUUAAAACUCGAUGUACCUCUUGUGGAGCUGUGUCCGAGAACCACAAGAGUCCAAUUUGUCCAGCUUUAUCAGGAAAAGGUGCCCCAGAACCCGAAACGCAAGAUGCCACAAUCCCAGUUGAGAAACUUCCCAGGUGUGAAGAGGCCGCGUGCGGGGGCCUGCUGCGACCUCACGUGGUGUGGUUUGGAGAAAACCUGGACCCUGCCAUUCUGGAGGAGGUGGACAGAGAGCUGGCCCGCUGUGACUUAUGUCUAGUGGUGGGCACUUCCUCUGUGGUUUAUCCUGCCGCCAUGUUUGCCCCCCAGGUGUCAGCCAGGGGCGUGCCAGUGGCCGAAUUUAACAUGGAAACCACCCCAGCUACCAACACAUUCAGGUUUCAUUUCCAGGGGCCCUGUGGAAAGACUCUUCCUGAAGCCCUUGCUCCUCAUGAAACUGAAACGGUUUCUUAAUUGUCCUGGGAAGGAAGAAAUUAUAGUGCAUCUAAGUACCAGGCUACAAACAGGAGAUAAUCUGGUGGAUGGUGAGAUGAAUACUGGAAGAUCUAAAAAUAUCCUCUGAUUCCCUGGCUGGGGUCCAACCUGUUAAUAAGUGAUAGGGCCUUAGACAUAACAAUAGCAAAUGUAUUUACAGGAGGUCAGAGAACUGUAAAGUUAAUGCAUGUUAUUUGGUUUGAACUCUGAUGUGUUUGGUUUGUUAUUGGGAGGAGAAAAAGUUGUAAUCAGAUUGUCUUAAAAAUGUAGUUAAUCUCAACUGUAUUAUUGCUUUUUGGGCAAAGAUAUAAAUAGAGGGGUAAAACCUUGGUAUUUCUGAUUUUUGUACAAGUUUUGGAGGAAAAUAAAACCACUCUCUACAGUAGGUAAUUUAUUGUAUAAAGAUGUAUCCCCAAGAGAUAUCUUUUUGGGGGACUUUUUCUUUUCAGUGUUUACCUUGAUUGGCUGUUUUAGCUCAAAGUCUGUGGGAUACAAUAAGAACUCAUGCAAGGAAGGAAUAGGAAAGUAACAACAAGGAAAAAAGUCAGGAUGAGAGAAAUGAUGCAAGUAUAUAGACUCCAAGGAUAAACACAGCUGCCUAAAAUUUAGCACUAGCCCUCUUAGCAGCCAAGGAGGAAAGGGAGAGGUGAUGGCUGAACUAUUUCUCAAUAUAAACAUACAGUGGUGUCUGCCAGUCUUUCCCAGACACUGAAUUCUGAAGGGAGUGUUUCCUAUGGGACUUAACCUUGGAGUAAAGUAGUAAAAAUACAAUUCUUGCCUCAAGCCCCACCACCUAAUGCAGCACCAGGGCCCUUGCAAUGCCUGCUGUCCCACAAACAUCAAAGUCCUGGCUGAGAGGAGCGACCUUUGGUAAAAAGUGUAGGAAGGUCACUCGUAUCAAGGUCCCUUGGAUCAGGUGGGCUCCCUGGGUGAUUACACACCUGGGCCACAUCACCUCAGCCCCUUACAAAACUGCAUUUAAUGUUACCCACCUUUGGCUCUUGUGGAAAUAGACGACAAGGCAUUGUUACAGAAAACUUUGUACUGCAUUUGCAAGUCAUACCUUUUAAUAAAUCCUGAAGGUCCUUUGCACGGGCAAGAGGGAUGCUCAUAACCUACAAGAAGUCUGAAGGGCCAGCCAAGCACCUUCAUGGUCUGGUUCAUACUUCACAUGGGAGGGUCAAUGCAUGUAUGUUGAGGGUUCUUGUAAUAAUUAUAAUGUAGUUUUUGUACAUAAAAUACCACCGUUCACUUAAAA